AUGCAACCUUCAAAAACUUUGAUUGACAUAAAAGAACACAACGGUUUUUGCUUGGUUAUGCCAUGCUACAGUCAACCUGACAAGAUCAUUGCAACAAAACUGGUGACAGUUUUUCCAGACAAUGUUGAUAUUCCGAGUCAUGAUGCAGCCAUUCUUCUUUUUGACAGCACAAAUGGAAAACUGCUCAGUUUAAUGGAUGGUGUUUAUAUUACUGCAAUGAGAACAGCAGCAGUUUCUGCAGUGGCCACAAAAUUCCUCAGUCCUUUGCAACCACAAACACUGGCUAUUUUGGGAGCAGGAGUACAAGCCAGAUCUCAUUACAAAGCACUAACAUUUUUGUAUAAUUUCAAAAAGGUAAAGGUAUGGAGUCGAAGACGAAUAACUGCUGAAACGCUAUCUUCUGAGAUUGGUGCUGAAGCAUGUGACAGUAUUGAAGAAGCAGUACUUGAUGCUGAUAUAAUAGUAACAGUAACAACAGCUACUCAACCAAUUCUCAAGGCAGAAUGGGUUAAGAAAGGAGCUCACAUUAAUGCUGUUGGUGCUUGUAAACCAACUUGGCAAGAAUUGGAUCCAGCACUGAUGCAAUCUUCUAUGGUUUAUGUUGAAGACACUGACAUAGCAAAAAAUGGAAGUGGAGACAUUAUUAAUUCCAAAGCUGAAAUUUAUGCAGAAAUUGGUGAAGUUAUUGCAGGAUCAAAAGUGGGGUACAGGUCCAAAACCACCAUCUUUAAAAGUCUUGGUAUGGCUAUUGAAGACAGCGUAUCUGCCAAAUUGGUGUACCAAAAAUUUUCCAAUUAA